ACAGGUUUAAUCCCGACCACGACGAUCUCGUUCGUGUCCGCUCAUUCCGAGGGCCAUCCGAGUUGCUAGCCUCCUUAUCUCGACGUCCGAGGGCCAGAACCCCUGUUCAUCGAGGCACAACGAUGGCGCCCGCCUUCAAGUCAUUACCGGUAUUGUUACUGGCCCUGGCUGUUCCAGUUCUGGCACACAAACAUCACGAUGAACUAACGGAAGAACAAGCUCACGCACCAGUGGAUGCCAUUCUAUGGUUACACAUAGUGCUUCAGGCCGCUGUAUGGGGUAUCUUGUUCCCUACCGGAAUGGUCUUAGGACUAUCCAAAAGUCGAUGGCAUGUACCGCUUCAGAGUGCAGGGUUUGUCCUUACGGCUGCCGGAUACAUCCUUGGACAUGCACAUAAAGGCCGAUCAUUCUUAGCGGGUGCUCACAGCACUAUGGCCAACAUACUCUUUCUCCCUAUCAUCUUGCAGCUCUGUCUGGGCAUCUACCUGAAGCUGCACAUACACGAAAAGAAUAUCAGACCGUAUGCUGUGAUACUUCAUGGUAUUGUUGGAAAGGCGUAUCCCAUUUUUGGAUGGGUUCAGAUGUUGUUUGGUUCGAUCACAUUUGGCGGGUAUUGCAGAGGUGACAAUUUAGGCCAAUGUCUGGCUCAUUAUAUCAUGGGAAGUGGUUUCAUCGCGUAUGGAACUAUCAUGGCGAUACUGCUCCUCGUUGGUGAGACUUGGAUACGUGGCAGUGGUCGAAGUCCGGAGUGGUGGGACUCCUGGGUCAUCACGCUAUGGGGAAUCGUCAACACAUUUACCGAACACAGAGGUUCAGCGUGGUCCGUGAAAGAUAUGCAACAUACUAUCCUCGGUGUUCUUUGGUGGACUGGCGGCAUCUUAGGCAUUAUUCUAUCGCGCAAUAACCAGCGUACCGUUGUCCCAGCCAUUAUCAUCAUUCUAACAGGAUGGGCAAUGUCCGAACAUGCUCAAGCACUUAUGAUCUCCACAAGAGUACACGCCGUCUUUGGGUACACGCUCAUGCUUGCAGGAGUCACUCGUAUAAUCGAGAUUUCUUUCAUAGUACCAAAGUACCACUCACUAGAAACUCCCGCUGUCGCGGACGACAAUCAUAGCGAACAUACGCUUGCUGAAGGCACUAGCUCUAUUGCUCAAGCUGUGAAGACUUUCAGGCAUUUGCCCCCAUUUCUUCUUGUUGCCGCUGGUCUUCUAUUUAUGUCAGGCACAGAUGAAGAACUCAGGACGGUACACGACGCCGGCAUGGAUCAUGUCACCUACAUCUUGAUCAUGUUCAGCUUGUCCUUCAUUAUUUACACCCUCAUUGUCUCCCUUAUCAACCUCUACGCAUCGAGCGGCCGAAAUGCCUCUAACGCGAAUACAGAGAACGGCGCGAUUGAGCUGGAGGAGCCUGCUAACAAAUGGUAUGCUCGCGUCCCUGAUGGUGAUGCUACCGAGGCGCAUGUUAUUGGGGAUGAUGAAGAUUAAUGACACAUGAAUCUUUGGAGGCAGGGAGGGGAUCGUCGAUUGAUUAUUUGUGUGUUUCGCUUUGCGCUUCGUUGUUGUUGUAUUCUUCGUCUUUCCAGAUGGUGUUGUUUUGGUGAAUAGAUUCAUCUGUUAUGUCAUAGAGUAAUUUUAGUGUAUUCUGUUCCUUCAUGACUCAAGCGCAACCCACUUCAUAUAAUGUACUUACAAUUCAACACGGACAAGACAUGAUGCAAGGGCUUAGCCCGGUGGGGUUGGAGUAUUUCUUGACGGCAGUACUUCAGUUUUGAGUACCCUAUUAACUUUUGAUUUGGGUUUAGGAGCUAGCGACGAGAAUGAGUAUGUAGAAGCGAAAAAGAAAGCCAACGGUUAUGUUACCAUUGAUGUUCUCGGUGAUGUAGAAUCGACGUAGAACCAUGAUGGCCUCUUCGCGGCAAUACCCUCCUAUCGCUUCAUAUGACGGGUGCUUCGGAUGAU